CCGAUUUAAAGGUGCUGUGACGCGAACGUGUGAAUUAUUACGUCUUGGAGCACUUUAAGACUUUAAAACAGAAUGAAGACAAUAAUAUUCGUCGCAUGUAUUUUGGCUACCGUCACAGCCGGUGAUGCGCUGAUACUCGAUUUCAUAAAUACCUUAACUUCAAAGAUAUUUAACAUUAAAGAUCUAAUGGAUUAUCAUAUAACGUAUGCAGGAUGUGCCUUGAAAUUGGGUUUAUUAAAGAUCUACACACCCGAAAUAUUCUUAUGUAUAGCAGAACAGAAAAACUUGAUUGAUGAAGAGGGUGCACUAAAGUGGAAUGAGACUCAGAUUUACAUUACGAAACUUGUUCGUAACGAGAAUAAACUAGCUGACAUAACGGCGUGGUUUAAAAAGUGCAAAGAAAUAAGCGAUAAUUUCGAAGGAAGCAAGAAAGAAAAAACCAUGAAAGCUUUCGAAUGUGGAUUGCCAUUAAGAAAAUACGUUAUGCAACAACCAAUUUUAUAAUUAUUAUAAAAUAAAAAUUUUUCUUAACAUAGAUUAUUAAUAUAAAAUAUAGAAA